AUGGCACCUACUAACCAAGCUGAUUACUCCUUCCGCGCUUUUAUCGAAGCCCUCAAGGCGGAUGAUGGCCUGGUUGAGAUCGAUACGGAGAUCGACUCCAACAUGGAACCACCCGCUAUCACUUCACCCCUUUUCGACAGCCUUAAAGGAAUGGGCAAGAAUGGCCUUUUCUCUAUACUAGGUGCUCCUGGUUCCCCGCGGAUGUCUAGACGUGACCGCUAUAACCGUCUCGCCCGGGACCUUGCCGUUCCAACCACUACCAGCAUGAGGGAGAUCCUUGACAAGAUGCUCUCUGUUUCCCAACUAUCUCCAAUAAUCCUAAAAUUGUUGAUGGGGCCCUGUGAGGGAGAAUUUACUUACGGGUGA